AGGCAAUGAUGAAUUGUUACCCAUACAUUCGCAGUGUUACGUCUGAAACUGGAAUAUCCGACCGGUCGUGCCUAGACCCACACGUUGUUCCAUGGUAGAGGUCUUGGGUUGAGCCCCUUCUGCUUUUUGCAGCUGCGGGUUCCCCAUUCUCUAUUGUGUUGAGCCGUGUUGGUACGACCGGAACCGGUCCAGAGCCCAUGACUGAGGCAAAAAUACAAUGCCUUCCUUGGACUGAGUCUCUUGCAAUCUUCCUGCAUUGGUCUUCCCGUUCUUCCUUCUUCCUCCUCUUUGCCUGUCCUCCCGCGUCCCGCUGCCUUCAUGAAGCGCCGCACGAGAGACAGACAAAGUGGAUGGUGAGGUUGAUGGUCGGCGACCAAUGUCCGGACUGGAUUAUUUUUUUCCCCUUGCACCGCAUGCCAUCACCCUUUCCCUUGCGCCCAUACUCAUCAUCGAUGACUCGAAUCAUGAAACAGACGACAAGGUUGUGUACCAUGCUCUGCUAA